AUGUCUAUUCCGGAGCCAAGGACUAUAACUGUUGCAAAUGGCACCAGUACAAACGCCGUCAGCCAAGGCAACGUCAGCCAAGUACCGGGGAGCAACCGCAGCAGUAUGGAUCGAUUUGCACGAGCACCAGCCUCCGAGGGCCCUUACUUUGCCGGUGCGCGGAUGCCGGAGAGAUCGGCACACCUCACGGGGCUAUCAAGUCAACUCAAUGCCAUGGAGGAGAUCCUAAAGACUGGAAGUUAG